CAUAAACUGACAUUUAUUUCAAAACAUGGAUUGUCAAGUUUGCUUCAGCACUUGUUCUUCCUUUUAUUAUGUUUUCUUGCAGAUAUCUGCUCAGUCAUAAACAUUGAUUUAUUAUCUUUGAUGUAAAGCUCUUAAAUAUUACUACAAACAAAAAUUUCCAAGUGUCUGGUAGACCAAUUAGGCUUAUCCAAAUUGUUAAGGACUUAUUGGAUUAUUUCAGUGAUCGCACUUGCGCUCUUUCAUCGUCUUCCUCAAGAUGGCAGCAAGUUUUGUUCUUGGAUUGUUAUGUCUUCUGUUUAUUAAUGGAGUUAAAACUGUGCCAUCACACCAAGAAGUCAAGAAUUUUCAAUCUCAAACUUUUGUAGCGCCAGAAACCCAGCCUUAUAGAACUUCCUACCACUUUCAAUCUCCGAAGAACUGGCUUAACGAUCCCAAUGGCCCAAUGUGGUAUAAGGGAUUUUAUCAUCUUUUUUACCAAUACAAUCCCCACAGUGCUCUAUUUGGUAAUGGUAUGGUAUGGGCACACUCUGUAUCAAGUGACUUGGUCAAUUGGGUUCAUCUAAAUCAUGCCCUUUACCCAUCAGAACCAUUUGACAUCACUAGUUGCUGGUCUGGUUCUGCUACGAUCCUUCCUGGGGAUAUACCUGUUAUUUUAUACACUGGUAUUGAUGCCAAUAAUACACAGGUCCAAAACUUAGCAAUACCCAAAAAUCUUUCUGACCCAUUUCUUGAAGACUGGGUAAAAUAUUCUCAAAAUCCUCUCAUGACUCCACCUGUUGGUGUUGAAGCUGACAACUUUAGAGACCCAACAACUGCUUGGUUGGGUCCUGAUGGGAAAUGGAAUGUGAUUGUUGGAAGUUGGAGCAAUAAUCAAGGAAUGGCAAUUUUGUAUCAAAGUGGAGAUUUUAUUAAUUGGAGGAAGUAUAAAGAUCCACUUUAUUCAACAGAAAGAUCUGGGAUGUGGGAGUGUCCAGAUUUCUUUCCUGUGUCUAUUAAUGGCACAAAUGGUGUUGACGCUUCAGUCCUAAAUCCAACUGUGAAGCAUGUUUUGAAGGCGAGCUUCAAUUCUCAUGACUACUACAUGAUAGGAGCUUAUGUCCCUGAGACAGAAAAAUAUAUUCCUGACUCUGAUUUAACAGGUACCGUAACAGAUUUGAGGUAUGACUAUGGAAAGUUUUAUGCUUCAAAGUCGUUCUUUGAUAGUGUCAAGAAUAGAAGGAUAUUGUGGGGCUGGGUAAAUGAGUCUGAUACCCCAGAUGAUGAUAUCAAAAAAGGAUGGUCUGGACUUCAGGCAAUUCCUAGGCAAAUAUGGCUUGAUAGAAGUGGAAACCAAUUAGUACAGUGGCCAGUGGAGGAAAUUAACAAAUUACAUGAUAAGCAAAUUAAUAUCGAAAAUAAGAUACUUGAUAAUGGAUCAACAUUCGAAAUUCAAUACAUAACUGCUUCACAGGCAGAUGUAGAGAUUGUAUUUGAAUUGCCAGAAUUAGAAGAGGCUGAGUUCUUCAACCCUACUUGGGUUGAUCCCCAAAAAAUGUGUACAGAUGCAAAUGCAGCUGUCAAAGGUAGAUUGGGGCCAUUUGGUUUGUUAGCUUUAGCAACAAAGGACUUGACAGAGCAAACUGCAAUAUUCUUUAGGAUUUUUAAAGGUCAUAAUGCAUAUGUAGUACUUAUGUGCAGUGAUCAAAGCAGGUCUUCUCUAAGAGAUGAGGUUGAUAGAACCACAUAUGGAGCUUUUGUCAACAUUAAUCCCCAACAUGAAAAGAUUUCAUUAAGAAGCUUGAUAGAUCACUCGAUAAUUGAGAGUUUUGGUGGGAAAGGUAGAACUUGUAUUACCAGCAGAGUUUAUCCCAAGUUUGCUGUUAACAAAGAUGCUCACCUGUAUGUAUUUAACAAUGGAACUCUGAGUGUCACAAUCUCAAGGUUGAAUGCUUGGGGAAUGAACAAAGCUGAGAUCGAGAAUAAAGAAAGUUUUAACGCAUUAUUUUGAAAUGUGAUGCUGCCUACAUGGCAUCAGCAGUAUAUCUCAGUCAUAAAUGUCAUGAAAGGCAAUUGAUGUAAGAUCUUCUGUGCUCCAGGGAUCUGUUGAAAAAAGAUGUGGUCAUUUGUGCUAAUCUACCCUCUAGAUCCUCUAGUAUAUUUUCAUCUUUAACCAUUCGAUGGCUUUGGGGUUUUUGUUCUUGGAGAACACCAAUGCAAUUCAAUUUAAAGUUUGUAUUUCAGCAGUAA